AUGGCCUCCAAACGCCUCUUGACCCGCAUUCUGCAGGCCAAUCCCCCAUCUCUCCUCGCCAAACGCGCACAAUCCUCCUCCACGUCCGCAAUAGCGUACAAAGCCCUCCACCGCAAAGUGUCGCCUCUCCCCGCAGCACCCACCUCUUCCCUCCCAGUCUCCCCCGCAGCAGCCGUAUCGUCCAUCCUCUACGAAACGCCGCUCCCGACAACCGCACCACCCAAACGCCAUGUCCUCAACUGUCUGGUGCAAAACGAACCCGGAGUCCUCUCCCGCGUCUCAGGAAUUCUGGCAGCCCGCGGCUUCAACAUUGACUCCCUUGUCGUCUGCUCCACCGAAGUCGCCGAUCUCUCCCGCAUGACCAUCGUGCUGCAAGGCCAAGACGGCGUCGUCGAGCAAGCCCGACGUCAAUUAGAAGAUCUCGUCCCCGUCUGGGCUGUCCUGGAUUACACCGCCGCCCCACUCGUCCAACGCGAACUCCUCCUCGCGAAAAUCUCCAUUCUCGGCCCGGAAUUCUUCGAGGAGCUCCUCGCGCACCAUAGAGAAAUGACGGGCGAUGCCACCUCUUCCUCCCUGAUGAUGUCGGAGGACGGGGAAAUGAGCGAGGAAGGCAUGGAGCAGAUGAAUGUCGCGGAUUUCCACCCGGGAAAUUUGGCGCCGAGUGAGGCGCUGCGCAUGAAGCAUAAGCACUUGGAGACAAUCACGUAUUUGACACAUCAGUUUGGAGGCAAAGUGUUGGACAUUUCGACGAAUAACUGUAUUGUCGAGGUUUCGGCGAAACCGACGAGGAUUGAUAGUUUUAUGAAGUUGAUUAGUCCGUUUGGCAUUUUGGAGAGUGCGAGGACUGGUUUGAUGGCUCUUCCUAGAAGUCCGCUGCAUGGAGGGGAGAUUGAGCAGACCAAGGAGGUGGAGGAGGUGAUGGAUGCUGCUAGCUUGCCUCCUAGUUAG